GCUACUGAUUCGUUGAUUUUCAUCUUCGUCGUUGUUGCGGAAUCGUAAGAGAUCAGAAGAUGUUUGAUGGUCUCCUAGGCCGCGGAUUUGCUCCCAAGGGAAAACCACUGAUAAAACUGACUAAGAAUCGGAUCGAUGUUCUUCGGAGGAAGAGAACUGCUACGAUCAAGUUUCUGAAGAAAGAUUUGGCUGAUCUGGUCAUUAACGGUCAUGACCACAAUGCUUUUAGCAGGGCAGGAGGGCUUCUUGAUGAACUAAGGUAUCUGUGGAGUCUUGACUUUGUUGAGCAGACCUGUGAUUUCGUUUACAAGCAGCUCUCUACCAUGCAAAAGACGCCGGAAUGUCCAGAAGAUUGUCGUGAAGCUGUAUCCUCGUUAAUGUUUGCAGCCUCGGGAUUUUCCGAGUUGCCUGAGCUGCGUGAACUGAGGCAAAUGUUUCAUGAAAAAUACACAGAUUCACUUGCAUUGUUUGUCAACCAAGAGCUUGUUGAGAAUAUGUCAUCAAAGCCAUUUUCUCUGGAGCAGAAAGUGAAGUUAAUGGAAGAUGUUGCAUCGGAGUAUUCUAUUCGUUGGGAUUCUAAAGAUUUUGAGAAGAGGAUUGUGAGACAUAAUAGUAUUUCAGUAAAGGAGACCCCAAAAAGCACUUACGACAAGUACAAGCCUGUCAACAGAAACAUGGCCUUGCCAAAAAGAGAAGAAGAGUUUGAAGGUUCUGAAAAUGGGGUUAUCUUGAACAGAAAAAUGGCUGAGGCAUCAGAAAGAAGAGAUCCUUUGUUUCAAUCUGAUAAAGAAAGUUAUCAGAAUGGUCUCAGAGGAAAUCAUCAUGGGCUAACAUCUAAAGAAAGGUCAGAUAAUGUUCGUCACGCCUCCAGAUCCGAAAGCAAGGACAAGAAGGCAGAAAGGAAAGAGUUUUAUUUGCAUUCUAAGCAAGAACCUGCUAGAGAAAAACAUCAACCUAUUUUCAACGAAGGUGACACUAUAGUGAUGAAGGUCAACCGUGAGAAUCUCGGUCAAGGCAAUGGACAUUGGCCUGGUGUAGUUGAUGCGCAUAAGAAAAACGAGGUUGUUGCCUCAGAAAGGAAAGAGUAUUAUAUGCAAUCUAAGCAAGAACCUUCUAGAGAAAGACAUCAACCUAUUUUUAAUGAAGGUGACACUAUCGUAAUGAAGGUCAAGCAUGAGAACCACGUUCAAGGGAAUGGACAUCAAAAUGGUGUAGUUGAUCUGCAUAAGAAAACAGAGGUUAUUGCUUCAGAGAAACUUAAGCCUAGCAGCACCAAAAGAGCUGACAAGUUAGUUAUCGGCUUUAAACAAGAGAGUUUCUUUCAAGGGUACAAACAUGAGAAAAAUGAAGAGCAUGCACAUCAGAAAGUGGAAGAUAAUACCUCAAGACCUCCGAAGCCAAGUAGCAAGUCAAAGAGAGCGGAAUCUAUCGAUCCAGGUUCGAGACAUCGUAAUGAUCUGGAGAGUAAAGAAAAUGCAGUUCUUGUGGGAAAGAGCACGGAAGAAGAUCCAUCUGGUGGUAAAGUUAAGGGUGGUAUAUAUGAAAAUGAUUAUGCAAAUUCAGCAAGGAAAGUUGAGGAGCGAGAAACAGAGAGAAUGAAAUCACCCUUCUACAAAUCCCUUCCACCUCCGUAUGUUAAAAAAUCUAGUGCUAAAGCAAGGAAUGAAAAAGCUGAAGCUUCAGAUAAUCCAAAGGCUCGUUUUGAUGGUGAAGAAGGAAAUCAUCCAGACAAUGAUAAGAAUGUUUAUGGGGCAGAGAGAGGAAAUGAAGCAGGUCAUCAUGAAGUGAAUGACAUAGAUAAUUCAUCUCUGAAACGGCGAACAAGCAGAAGAAAACACAUUGUAGAAUCUGGUGGUGAUGAUCAUACAAGAAGCCGAAGAAGGGAAAACGCAAGGAAAGGCCUUCAAGUCUUAAUUGAUGAGGAUGAGAAGGACAGUGAGGAGAAGAUGAUGGAUAAACUUCUGAUGCAUUACAGUAAAAAACCUUCAAGUUAUGAAAAGGACAAUGUGCAACAAGAAUCCAAAAGCAGACGUACACAUCUUAAAAAAGGUGAAUCUGAUGAAGAGAUGAUGAUUUAUCAACCGGCUCGGUCACGUUCUCUACCCCCUGAACACUUGGCCGGGCCAUCUGAACCUGCAAAAACAUUUGCCCGUGCGGCCUCGUUUCAGCCAGAACGUUCGAGUGAAGCUAAGCACGUUCACCCCAAGUUACCAAACUAUGACGAUUUGGCUGCCAGAUUUGCAGAGCUUAAAGGAAGAUGCUUCUCCUCAGUUUCUUCCCGUCCUCUGCACGUUUGCAUCGUUGGAAGUGGACCUGCUGGUUUCUAUACUGCUGACAAGGUAUUGAAGGCGCAUGAAGGAGCACAUGUAGAUAUAAUCGAUCGAUUACCUACACCUUUUGGACUUGUUCGGUCUGGUGUUGCGCCUGAUCAUCCUGAAACUAAGAUUGCCAUUAAUCAGUUCUCACGUGUGGCGCAACACGACCGUUGCUCUUUUUAUGGGAAUGUAAAGCUUGGAUCAGAUUUAUUACUCUCUGAGCUGCGGGAUUUGUAUCAUGUGGUUGUACUUGCAUAUGGUGCUGAAAGUGACAAAGAUCUUGGCAUCCCAGGUGAGAGUUUGAGUGGUAUAUACUCUGCAAGAGAAUUCGUCUGGUGGUAUAAUGGGCAUCCCGACUACAGUAGUUUGAAACCUGACUUGAAAAGGUCCGACACAGCUGUCAUUCUUGGACAGGGUAAUGUAGCUCUAGAUGUUGCUCGGAUUCUCUUAAGACCGACAACAGAGUUGGCGUCAACUGAUAUUGCUAGACAUGCUUUAUCUGCGCUGGAAGAAAGUUCCAUAAGGAAGGUGUAUCUCAUCGGAAGACGGGGGCCAGUUCAAGCAGCAUUGACUGCUAAAGAGCUUCGAGAAGUUCUCGGGAUUAAGAACUUGCAGAUUCGAAUAAAGGAGACUGACUUGAGUGUAACUCCUGCUGAUGAGGAAGAAAUGAAAAAUAGUAGAGCCAGAAAGAGGAUCUAUGAAUUACUGUCCAAGGCUGCAGCAGCAGCAAGAACAUCAGAAGCAGACCCUGAUCAACGAGAGCUGCACUUUGUUUUCUUCCGCCAACCUGACCGGUUCUUGGAGUCAGAUGAAAGAAGGGGACAUGUUUCCGGUGUAAACUUGGAGAAAACCAUUCUUGAAAGUGUUGGAAGCGGAAAGCAAAUUGCAGUUGGUACAGGAGAGUUCGAGGAUAUUAACUGCAGUAUAGUGCUGAAGGCCAUAGGUUACAAGUCAGUUCCAAUCAAUGGUUUACCUUUUGAUCACAAGAAAGGCGUUGUCCCGAAUGUAAGGGGUCGAGUGGUUAGUCACACGUCAGGAGACAUAUCACUGACUGAACCCGGCUUAUACGUAUGUGGGUGGCUCAAAAGAGGACCAGUAGGUAUAAUUGCCACAAACCUUUACUGUGCCGAAGAAACGGUUGGUAGCAUAAGCGAAGACAUUGAAGAAGGUGUUUGUAAUAGCUCAAAAGCAGGAAGCAAGGGACUGAUGCAAUUGCUGGAGAAGAGAAAAGUGAAGAAGGCGUUUCAAGAAGCAUGGAAAGGAUUAUGCGAAGAUGAAACACCCAACGGGGAUGUAGAAGGUCUCGUCAUCAACGGCUCAGGAGUUCUUAAUCCUCAUGGGGAAGCUUGGUGGAAAUCUGUUAAUCACUCUAAACGACCAACGGUAAGUGAUGAUUGUGUUGCAAUUAUUGGUGGAAGGGGUGGUUCUUCAGAUAUCAACAUUACUGGUGUGGCAUGUGGUCCGGGUCACGGUAUCAGUAUUGGGAGUUUGGGGAAAGAUAAUGAGACAGAUGACAUAGUCGAAAACGUGAACGUAAGAAGCUGUAGUUUUACUGGAACUCAAAAUGGAGCAAGAAUCAAGACUUGGCGUGAAAAUGCAGUGAAAGUGAACAACAUAACAUUUAGGUACUUUGAAGGGACUAGCUCAAGUGAAAUUGCGAUAAAGCUCGACUGUGACGAAACAGAAAAUUGCCAAAACAUCACGAUGGAACACAUCAACAUCACAUCUCCAACCCCGGGUAAAAAUCUCACUGCAUAUUGUAAAUUCGCCGAUGUGUGUAGUUCAUUUGUCAACAUUGAUGUCGACUCACCAAAGAUGGUAAAGGAGUGGGGAAACGACGAAAGUAAAUCUUGGUUAUGUUUCGAAAACGUGACAGGUCUCGUCCUCAAUGGAUCUGGUGUCCUCCAUCCCCAUGGUGAAGCUUGGUGGUCCUCUAUUGAACACUCCCACCGACCACGAGCAACAACUGCUGUGAAAGUGAGCAAUGUGACAUUUAGAUACUUUAAAGGGACAUGUGCAAAUGAUAUUGCGAUAAAACUAGAUUGUGAUGAAGUAACGGGUUGUCAUGAUAUCGUGAUGGAACACAUCAACAUCACUUCCUCAUCUACGAAUACGCUCCUAACCGCAUAUUGUCAAUUUGCGGAUGUAUACGGAAAUGGUCGGAUGAUUCUAACCAUGAAAGAUUUUAUAUCUGAUUCUAACUCUACAAAUGUUGAUCAUUCUCAGGCAUUUCAAAACGCAUGGAGAGCGUUAUGUGGAGGCAAAGGGAAAGGUAGAGCAGCCUCGUUUGUAAUACAUGCCCAUGAAACAUAUACCAUACAACCACAAUUGUUGCAAGGUCCUUGCAUAUCUCCUAAUAUUCAGAUUCAGAUUGAUGGAACAAUUGAAGCCCCGAAGAUGGCAAAAGACUGGGGAACAAGUGAGUGUUGGUUAUGUUUUGAGAAGGUGACAGGUCUCGUUCUCACUGGAUCCGGUGUCCUCAAUACCCAUGGAGAAAACUGGUGGUCUUCUGUUGGUUUCUCCUCUCGACCAGAGAUCAAUAGUCCAAGGAAUCACAUAUCGAUGUUUGAUUGCACCAACGCAACUUUAUCAAAUCUUCAUCUAAAUGCCCCUGAAAAUAGUCCAAAUACUGAUGGCAUUGAUAUCUCUCAUUCACAGAAUAUCCAAGUUUUGAGCUCGACAAUCAAAACCGGUGAUGACUGUGUUGCAAUCAAAGGUGCUUCAUUCGAUAUUAACAUAACUUAUGUGACAUGUGGUCCUGGUCAUGGCAUAAGUAUCGGAAGUUUGGGGCAAGGAGGGGCAUCUGAGGAAGUACAAAAUGUGAAUGUCAGACAUUGCACCUUCAGUGGAACACAAAAUGGUGCAAGAAUCAAGACUUGGCCUGGAGGACGAGGGUUUGUCAAAAAUAUUUUGUACGAAGAUAUUACUCUGAUAAAUGCCAACUUCCCCAUCAUCAUCGAUCAACAAUAUCAUCAAUCAUCAGAGGCUACUGCUGUGAAAGUGAGCGACGUGACGUUUAAAUCUUUCAAAGGGACAUCUGCCGAUGCUACUGCAAUAAAACUAGAUUGUGACCCGACAACAGGUUGUGAUAACAUCGUGAUGGACCACAUCAAUAUCGUUUCUUCAUCUCCGAGAACGCCACUCACCUCGUACUGCAAAUUUGCGCAUGUAAUUAGUCGCGUUGUCUCCAUUCACAUCGACUGUGAUUUUCGUAAUGAAGAUUCUCAACCUGCGUCAUCGCAUCCUCAACCUUCCGCACCAUAUGCUAUAUCCCCGACACCGCAUACUCAGCCUCCAGCACCGACUACUCAACCUCCACUGUCCUUUCCUUUCUAUACAAAUUUUAAUGCCUUCUUAUGAAGUUUGGGUCGUAUCUACCAGAUUUAUUAUAGCUAUAUUGUGAUGAAUUAUGUCACUAUUAAUUUAUUAAAAUAAAAAGGAUUCG